GCAUAAUUGGCCAACUUGGCAAAAUCUGAGGAGAUGAAGCUAUCAAAACGCUGAUUUUUAUCGAAGUGUGCCGUAUUUUGACAUUGAUUCACGAUUAGCAUUGUAUCGCUGGGAUCAAGAUGAGAAGAAGGGUGAUUGCAGCCAAGAAAGAACCGCUGAAAGCAGUGAAGGAGCUGGAUGCAUUUCCUAAGGUGCCUGAUAGCUACCAGGAGACCACAGUUGCUGGAGGUGGAGUUUCCAUUGUGACGUUUCUUGUCAUCACCAUCCUAGUAAUCUCUGAAAUCAGAUAUUAUUCCAACAGCACACUCAAAUAUGAUUAUGAGGUUGACAAGGAAUUUGAAAAAAAAAUAAAAAUAAAUGUAGAUCUUACUGUGGCCAUGACUUGUGAUUUACUAGGAGCAGACGUUGUCGAUCUCACCGGAGCCAAUGCCGAGUCGUUCGGCUCCCUCAAGGAGGAGCCAGCAUAUUUCGAGCUCUCACCUCUCCAGAGGCAAUACCAGCAGACAAUUCAACAUGUGAAUAACUACAUCAGGCAGGAGUACGCGGCGAUGCAUGAGAUAUUGUGGAAGACGGGUUACGGUGGCAUGUCCGGUAUGCCAGCCAGGGAGACAACGCCCGAAUCUGAUGAGGAGCCUGACGCUUGUCGCAUCCAUGGCUCGCUGGUCGUCAACAAAGUCGCCGGCAAUUUUCAUAUAACAGCUGGAAAAGUUAUUUCACCUGAAUACACUAACGGGAAGCAUGUACAUGGUCUCAAAGUCUAUAGUGACGAUUUGAAACAAAUUCAUUACAAUUUCUCUCACCGAAUCGACCACUUGUCGUUUGGAGAGGUCACACCAGGUGUCGUUAACCCUUUGGACGGAGACAUCAAGAUAUCGGAUGAAAAUUACCAUAUGUUUCAAUACUUCGUCGAGGUUGUACCGACCAAGGUUGAGACGACGCAAGCCAACGUAGAGACGUAUCAGUUUGCCGCAACAGAGAGGAAUCGUUCUAUCGACCACAACAAAGGAAGUCACGGCGUCCCGGGGAUAUUUCUCAAAUACGACGUAUCGUCAUUCAAAGUGCACGUUAAGGAGACGCAUCAACCUUACAGUCAGUUCCUCGUACGUUUGUGUGGGAUAAUAGGUGGUGUGUUCGCAACCUCAGGUAUGAUACAUUCCCUCAUUGGUUGCCUCAUUGAUGUCGUCUGCUGCAGAUACAAGUUUGGCAAAUACAAGUCGCCGUCUGACGCACCGCAAUCUCCGUCCGAACCUAUCACUACCCUGCCGUCAGAAACGCCGCCAACUACCCCAGUCAACCUCGUUCCAGAUGCACCGAUAUUUCCUACAACAUCUUGAGGACUAUUGGAAAGCUAUAAAAAUACAAUGUGUGCAACACUGUGCCUGAGGUUUUGAAUCUUGCCACUGCAGGUGUAAGAUUGAGCGAAUUUCGCACAACCAGCUUUUAGUCUACUUGACAUUUUCACAUGGAAAAAUUUAUUUGUUUUCGCUCUAAACACUGUCGCAUCCCUAGAAUAUAAAUGUACAGGGUUGGGUCCAAGGGGGCUGCAGUGGGUGGGCGCACGACCCCCCCCCCCCCCACCACCACCACUUCUUUCAGAAAAAUCUUUGAGACUUUUUGGUUUGAAAAAAUUGGGUGUAAAAUUUGCUAUCGGGUUUGACUUCUGUAUUGUGAAUGGUCUGUACUCUACUGGUCCAACUUUCUUUCAAAAUUAUAUUUACAGUAGAACCUCUCUAUUAAGGACACCCUCGGGACUGACAAGUGCUGUCCCUAAUAGAGAGGUGUCCUGACUAGAGACGUCAAAUUGAUUGGAAACAACCAAUUUGGGACUAAAACUAGUGUCCUUAAUAGAGAGGUUGUCCUUAAUAGAGAGGUUGUGCUAAACAGAGAGGUUGUCCUUAAUAGAGAGGUUGUCCUUAAUAGAGAGGUUGUCCUUAAUAGAGAGGUGCCCGCUAAGGGAGGUUCCACUGUACAUAGGUGUAUUGGUGGGAGGAGGAUCUUUGAUAAAUGUUCCAAUUGAUUAUCAGAGUGCAGUUCAUUGUAAAGGUGCCAUUGAUUGUUGGAGUGCAGCUUAUUGUGGUGCCAGUACUUAUUUAUCGAGUUCAGUUAGGUCAUGCUAAACUACCAACGUCGUGUCAUCCUUGAUGCACACCGCUGGCAAGUCGGUAGGAACUUAGUGAACAACCGAGACCUUUAUGACGUCUGUGAAUCAUUGUUGCAUCGAAAGCAUUGUUUUAUUUCUUCAAUGUUCUUUGUUGUCCAUAGAUAUUGUACGGGGAAGAUUGAAAUGUGUCAUAAGCUUAUGUGCAAUGUUAGAUUCUGUUUUUUCCUUGAUUUUGAGUGGGGUUGAAGCAAAUAGUGUUGCUUCCAGGGAUCCUAGCAAAGAAAAGGACAGGACGAACUAAGAAAAAGCAGGGUUAGGACCCUUCUGUAAUAGCAAACAUAUUAGCCGUUCUCAAAAAUGGCUGUGACAUUGGCAAAGACCAAAAACCUGCUGUGGUUUUUGUGUUAAGAAAACAAUGUAGGAAAAAUUCAGGAGGGGCAAAAUUGCCUCGGGAUUUGCUGAAAUUGCUACGAGAUUUGCUGACAUUGCCUCGGGAUUUGCUGAAAUUGCCAAUCGGGAUUGGGAUUGGGUCUUUGUUAUGAUGGAUUGAUGGGACAAUGGGACAGUUGCUCCCCUUCCUCUCUGUUUUAAUGCUGGUGAGAGAGUAAUUUCUAAACCUUAACAUUUUUGUAAACUCCACCAUUUUUGUGACCAAGUAAAUCGGGAUGGGUUUCUCAAGAAAUCACAACCUCUAAAAGAAGAGUUUCAUUUGUUGCCAAAAAACAUAAUAUUUGAAGAUACACAGAAAUGAUGGAUUAUAUAUUAUGUGGCCUCUUUCUAGCUAUAGCUGAUCGGGAAUAAAUAUUUUUUUAUUUAUGA